CACUUUUCAAAUCCACUUUAUUACCAAAACGAACAAAAGGAGAAUGAGGCUUAAAUUAAAUAAAUUAUGCAAAUAUCUCAAGAGAUAAGGUUCCCAGUCCUCCCUGGGAAUCAUAUCAUCACAGGUCAGUAUCACUAAGAACAUUAAAACGUGUUGAAAUUCUGGAUUAUUUCACUACUUUGCCUCCAUCCUUCCUGCUCCAACCAAGUCCAGAAGAGUGUUCUUUCCCAAAUAUUCAAGCAGAGAUGUUUUCUUCAGUGUCUUCCCUCUGCCCCACGUGUUUCAAUCUCGCCUCCACGGCGGGCCCUGUUCUCUCUGAGCCCCAACUCCAGGCCACUGGGCCAACAAUCCCCUUCAGUUCCGAGGCUGUUCUGGGGGUUAAGGGUAACUUCGUCAAGUUCUCAGGGGAUCUUGAUACUUGGUUCAAAGGGGGCUCUGACUUGGGAUGUCCUGAGGCUCCGUGACCUUCUCCCACCUCCUGGGCCUGAGCUAGACUUGGAAGGAGGUGGAGUAGGGGAGAGUGAGUUGUCAUUGGCUAAGGCUCUUGUCCUCCUGGAAUUUGGCACUUCGGGUGCUGGGCACGGUGAAUCCCAGAUAACAUUGUCUUUCGCCUUCCAAGUUUUGAGUUCCAUUGGCAGCCAGAUGGCAUAAUGAAUUCACAGAAAAGCAAUACUCAUGGGCCAAGAAUGUGUUGGCUCUUGGCCAGCACCCCCUCCUUUAACUCUAAGAAGACUUGUUAGCUGACCAGCUCACUCAACACACAGACACACAAUGCAGGUCUGGCUGAAGUUAGAAAUUGGGAUGUUUUCCUAGGCUGGGCCAGCCCAACCUGUUAGAGAAGGGGUCAUUAAGUUGAAGAAGCCUGAGAAAAGCAGAGACGAGAGGCCAGAAGAUUUUCUGUGCAUUUCCAUUGAAAUUUUACAAAACACUUACACAUGGAACCUAUUUAUUUUCAAGUCAACUGUGGGGUUCCUCUCAAUACCUCCUUGUAUAUAUGGAGAACUUAGCCCUUAUUUUCAUUUUCUUAGGAGAAGAUGGCCUCAGGUCUUAAGGGUCUUAAGGAAUCUUCCUGUGGAGGAAGACGCUAUCUGGAUCAGCCCCCUUCCACAUCUGCAUGCAGACAGGGGAUGCAGCGGAUCCUGGAGGACUUCCUCCCUUGCCUGCAGAAGAACCCCAUCGUGGCUCUGGGCCACAAGCAGGCUUUUUGGAAUAUGCUGGAGAUUCCAAGAGGGCCCAGAAAUCAGUCUGCCAGAUCUCUGAGGCUCCAGCACUAUUUUCUAAUCUGUUCCACCUGCCAUCAGCACUGUGAGAGAUGGAUUCAGAGGACCAUGGAGCUCAAUGUCAAAAAGAGUGGGAAGAGGCACAAAGAGAGACACUAUUUCUCAUAGACCCAAAGCCAGAUUUCUCCAAACCUAGUCAUCUGGUUUCUUUUAAUUCAGGGCAUUGGUGGGGUGGUGUUAAUUUCUAUGGGUCCUAUGGGGAUGGGGAUGGUUUUGUUUUGUUUUGUUUGUUUGUUUUUGAGACAGAGUCUCACUCUGUC